UCGACCAACGCGUCGCACCGCCUCGCCAUCGUCGUGCCCUUCCGGGAGGACGGUGGCGGCGACCCCCUCGCGCAAGGCAUCGGACGCGAUCGGAACUUGAGGAAUUUCACGGCCUACAUGUGCGACUUCGUCAAGGUGCCCUUCGACAUCGUCGUGGUCGAGCAGUCGCCGCACGGCACCUGGAACAAGGGGAAGCUCUUCAACGUGGGCUUUCAUCUGACGAACGGCAGCCACGACUACAUGGUGCUCCACGACGUCGAUCAGAUCCCCGAGAAUCCGGAGAACAACUACGCGUGGAAGGAGAAGCCCACGCUGCUGCUUUCGACGACGUCGCAGUGGGACUACAAGGAGCACAACAUGAUGCUCGUCGGCGGCGCCCUGCAAAUAUCGCACGCGCAGUACGCGGAGGUCGGAGGCUACUCGAACAAGUUUGAGGGAUGGGGGGCCGAGGACGAAAACAUGGGCUAUCGACUGAGUCAG